AUACAGGCCUCGCCAACGGAUCUCGAGAUCCCGAUUCACCUGCUGCAUUCGGCAUCUAUGCACGAAGUCUUAUGCGCCGCAGACUAAACUAUCGCCAAGAGGCGAAAUUUUCACCUCGCUGACAUUGUGGCUUUAGUCAUUACAGGUGACCAUUAACACAAUGACCUAGUAGACAGGAGAUUAAGAUUAUGCGGUAACAUGGCGUAUACAGAUCCAGUUCUACUUCUAGCAGAACUUGAUCAGAUGCAGCCCCGCCUCGAACUUCAGCUCGAAGGAGGGUCCUGGAAUCAGAAGCAAGCUCGUCAAUAAUCCGCCUUCGCCCAUCCAUUGCUUCAUCUGGGACUCGACUUCUUCUCUACUCAGUCGAGUCUUGUCCAGCAGCAGCAACCAUGAAAGUUACUCUCGUUCUCGUUCUUUCUCACCUCUCCGCCGUCUUGGCCGGAGGGUACCAAGGCUGCCUUGAACGCGUGCAGCUGUUCAACGCCUACGAGAUCGACGGGCUCAACGCCGAGGCCGACCAGACGAUCGGCUUCAAGUGCGCCAAAGCGGACACGAAGACCAAAUCGUGUACGCAGUGGAAUGCCUGCAAGCCGAAGAAGAACUCGGGACGCACCCGGUGCAACUUCGACGACCUGAUGGUGUUCCUAGGAAAGGCGCCUACCACGACCGGGUGGUCAGUCAACGAUUCCAGCGGGAAGCUCGACCCCGAGGGGACGGCCAAGCAAUGCUACAAGCUGUUCACCAGCGCCCCGGGGAAGAACCCGAAGGUGCCCAACUUCCCUCCCCACGUAGCCGUGAAGGACGCGUGGGAGUUCAACGACUACAUCAAGCGCGUCGGCGACACAGUCAACAAGACGUACAAGAACAAGGGCAACAGCGACAACCGAAACCUCUUCGACAGCUUCGACACGACGACGGAGAAAGUCAGCGAGUCGCGGGCCGGAGACCACGGGCCCCAUCUCAUUGACGCAGCCAGGACCCAGCUAGGUGGCGCGAUGGAUAUAAAGACAGAGAGCGUAGGGGGUGGGUCUAAUCCUGCUACCGGCGAAACGUGGGAGACCGUGGAUUGGAGAGAGACGGCCGCACAAGCCAAGGCGAAGGGCGUGCCGGAUGUCGAUAAGAAGAUUCAGGGUUUUCUUAAGGGUUUCUAUGGUGUUGGGGGUAACAGCCAGGCGAGAAGUCACCGUGUGGUGAUACAGUCGUAUAAGCGGGUGGCGGAUAGGAGUCAGAGUUGUCGUUGAGGGGUAAUUUGGGCGUAGUUGUGUAGAAAAUGUUGGAGGCAGCGGAUGAGAAAAUUGAACAGAUGGAUAGCACAGUUGUACUAUACACGUCAUAUAGGACGAUAUGAUUGUAGAUAAUGCAAUAAUUGAUUUCCCUCAAUAAGCCAACUCUUAGCUAAAACGCCU